AUCACGAAAUAUUAAUAAGAAAUUGGUGAUAUUUCAAUCGUGACUUCGAAAUUUUAUUUGAACUGUACAAAACUGGAAUUUAAUAAUUUACGAACGCUGAAGAUAUUUCAACUUGGAAUAAUGAAAGCGACACAAAUGAAUCGGCGUCAGGAUCGAUUCAAUAUGCUUUCCGAUUAUUAUUCUGACAACGAACAUCCAAAUGGUUUAGAUUUUAAGGAAGUAAAUAAAAUAGUCAAAUAUCGUGAAGCAAUUAAUAAAUUACAACGAAAAUGUGAGUCGUUAUCACAGAAUAAUGAACGAUUGGUUCGGAGGUUACACUAUGUGAAGCGAAUAACAAUGCGUAAGAAAUGUGACGUUGAUUUGUUGAAAGCUCGUUUGGAUGUUUAUAGUGACGAAUGGCGAACGGCUCAACCUGAUCCAAUAACUAAAGUCAAAAUGCCCACAAAUCUAACACCAACAGGCAAAGUGCGAAAACCACGCUUGAAAAAGAGCAAUGCUUCUAACACAAUCAUUCAUGCCGAUGCAGAUAUAAAACCAAAUCUUAUUGAUGGAAAAUUAUCCAAGAGAAAACGAUCAAAAUCGGAAAAGGAUCCAAAUGCACCAAAGCGACCAGCCAAUCCGUUCUUUCAAUUUUGUCAGGAGCAACGUUCCUUACUAAUGGAUGAAUUGAAUAGCGAAUUAUUGCCCGGUCAACCAGAGUUAUCAAAACAGGAGUUGACACGACAAUUGGCACAGAGAUGGCGUUCAAUGGAUUCAGCUACCAAACAAAUAUACGUAAAUAAAUACGAGAGUUCAAAACAAAAAUAUAACAUUGAAAUGCAGUCAUACAAAAAAGAUGUUCUGCUUCCGAGUUCGUCGAUAAAUUUGAAUAUAUAUAGCAAGUAGCUUUGAAAAUAGUGCAAUUUUACAAAACAAUAUUUGCUAAAUUUGAUCAAAUUCUAUUAUAUUUGAAUCAAUUUUAUGGUUAAGCUGUUUUUUUCCUCUCUGCAUUCAAUGAAUAUUGCAUGUGUAAAUUUGUCUUUGAACAUUUUGUACUGAAAACCCAUUUUUCCUCGCUAACCAUUUCUCCUUUCAUUUAGUUGUAGUUUAAGUAAGUUUUUGAAUAAUAUUAGAAUAUUUGCACAUGAAUCAGCAUUUUAUUUUAAUUUUAUGUAUGCGUUUAUAAAAACAUAACUUCAUAGUCGGUAAGUCCAUUACGCAAAUUGAUAUUUCAUCACAUUUGUUAGUAUAAAAGAUAAAGGUUGCAGAAAUGAUACCCAACAAACAAGUUAGUAACGUUUUUUUUAUUCAUUUUAACGUUGAAUAAUGUAACGCUUUUUCCCAAAUUGGAGGUGAAAUUGACAUCGUUGAAUUAGAAUGAAAUUCAGGUGAUAUUUAUCUGUGCGCCAAACCCUAAUUAAAUUUUUUUUUUUUUAAUAAUAUUAGAAUAUUUGCAUAUGAAUCAACAUCAAUAUUAAUGUAAAAAUCAUAUAAAAUUUUCUUUUAAUCUUGUGUAUGUGUAUCUGUAAACAUAACCUCAUGUUCGGUAAGUCCAUUACGCAAAUUGCCAUACUACUAGAAAAAGGUUCCCAAUACAUCGAAAUAUUGUUCAUAUAUAUAAGAGAGACUCUGUCAUAAUAAAAUCAACUCUGGAUAACUUGAAAA